GGAGAAGGGUCAGUCUGUGCUGUUAUCCCUGCAGUACUGAAUGAAAGCCGCACUCCUUUACAACUGAAACGUCGCCUGUGGUUUUUGGCUUUAUUCUUCAUCUAAAUUACAGAAAACUGCAUGCGCUCCAUCUGCAUGGAUAAGCAGCAUCAUCCUUGAUGACGGUGUAAGGGGAGGAUUCCAGAAGAAAGCUGCUUUCUUGAAAAUUGCUCAUCAGAACAACAAAUAGUAUUGUUCAUUUUAAGUGUCGUAGAAAAACAGUCACUCGACUGAAGCCAUGCCCUGCGUUCAGGCUCAGUAUGGGACAUCGCCUCAAGGAGCCAGUCCCGCAUCCCAGAGUUACAGCUACCACGCCGCUGGAGAGUACAGCUGCGAUUUCCUAACACCCGAGUUCGUUAAGUUUAGCAUGGACCUGACCAACACCGAGAUCACGGCCACCACUUCUCUCCCCAGCUUCAGCACAUUCAUGGACAACUACAACACCAGUUACGACGUCAAGCCGCCCUGUAUAUACCAAAUGCCCCAUUCUGGAGAGCAGUCCUCCAUCAAGGUGGAGGACAUCCAGAUGCACGGCUACCAUCAACAGAGCCAUAUUCCACCUCAAUCUGAAGAGAUGAUGCCCCAUUCCGGGUCUAUGUAUUACAAGCCCUCCUCUCCUCACACACCGAGCACACCAAACUUCCCGGUGCAGCCUAAUCAUAUGUGGGAUGAGCCCGGAUCGCUCCACAGUUUUCACCAGAACUACGUGGCGACCACUCACAUGAUAGAUCAGCGCAAGAACCCGGUCUCGAGGCUAUCCUUGUUUUCGUUCAAACAGUCCCCACCCGGUACUCCCGUGUCCAGCUGCCAAAUGAGAUUCGACGGUCCCCUUCACGUGCCCAUGAACCCCGAUACCCCUGGAGCUCACCGUGCGUUAGAGAGCCAGAGCUUCGCCGUUCCCAGUGCUAUCAGGAAACAGGCAGCCAUAGGCUUCCCCCAUUCGCUUCAGCUUGGCCACGCGCACCAGCUGAUGGACAGCCAAAUCCCGUCGCCGCCGUCGAGGGGAUCUCCGUCUAACGAAGGUCUGUGCGCCGUUUGCGGGGACAACGCCGCCUGUCAGCAUUACGGAGUGCGCACUUGCGAAGGCUGCAAAGGAUUCUUUAAGCGCACUGUUCAGAAAAAUGCGAAAUAUGUGUGUUUAGCCAACAAAAAUUGCCCGGUAGAUAAGCGUCGCAGAAACAGAUGCCAAUACUGUCGUUUUCAGAAGUGCCUUGUUGUCGGCAUGGUCAAAGAAGUGGUUCGGACUGCUAGUCUGAAGGGUCGCAGGGGCCGUCUACCGUCCAAACCCAAAAGUCCUCAGGACCCGUCACCACCCUCGCCCCCAGUGAGUCUCAUAAGUGCCCUAGUACGGGCUCAUGUGGACUCAAACCCGUCCAUGUCCAGCUUGGACUACUCAAGAUUUCAGGCUAACCCUGACUACCAAAUGACCGGAGACGACACGCAGCACAUCCAGCAAUUCUAUGAUCUCCUGACCGGCUCCAUGGAGAUCAUCAGAGGCUGGGCGGAGAAGAUCCCGGGGUUCGCUGAUCUCCCCAAACAGGAUCAAGAUCUCCUCUUUGAAUCAGCCUUCCUGGAACUUUUUGUCUUGCGACUGGCUUACAGGUCUAAUCCGAUGGAGGGGAAACUGAUUUUUUGCAACGGGGUGGUCUUGCACAGACUACAAUGUGUUCGCGGAUUCGGAGAAUGGAUUGACUCUAUUGUGGAGUUUUCUUCCAACCUCCAGAGCAUGAAUAUCGAUAUAUCAGCCUUCUCCUGCAUAGCUGCGCUUGCCAUGGUGACAGAGCGACACGGACUAAAAGAACCCAAGAGAGUGGAGGAACUUCAAAACAAGAUUGUAAAUUGUCUUAAAGACCAAGUGACAUUUAAUGGCGGCGGUUUAAAUCGUCCCAACUACUUAUCAAAACUUUUGGGAAAACUACCGGAACUUCGCACACUUUGUACACAAGGUCUGCAACGCAUCUUCUACUUAAAACUUGAAGACUUGGUUCCUCCGCCAGCAAUAAUUGACAAAUUGUUUCUAGACACGCUACCUUUUUAAAACACCGGGCCUUUCUGUCGACGUCAACUUCCAGAGACUUUGUGCGCGACAAGGACAUUUUUAGAUCAGCGCAAUUUUUUUCCAUUUUCAGGCGCGGUUCUUUUAAAAUGUCCAAAUAAAUGGCCAAGGAUCCUCAGAAACUAUCAAAGCAAAGUAACACGAAGAAUAUAAAGGAAAUGAACUGA